AUCGAGUUUCUACUCUCCAGAGUCUGCCAUGUCCACCGGCACCGACUCCGCCAAGCACGCCUCACCCGACGAUAUCAACUCCAACUCCUUCGAUCCCGAUCACUACAUGAACCUCAUGGUUCACAAGUCCAAUUUGGAAGGGCUGCUUCAGCGCCACGUCGAGAUGGCUGCUGAAAUCAAGAAUCUUGACACUGACUUGCAAAUGCUGGUUUACGAGAACUAUAACAAGUUCAUCAGUGCUACUGAUACUAUAAAGAGGAUGAAAAGUAACAUUUCCGGGAUGGAGACAAACAUGGAGCAGCUUCUUGAGAAGAUAAUGUCUGUGCAGUCAAGGAGUGACAGUGUUAACACUUCUCUUUUUGACAAAAGGGAGCACAUAGAGAAGCUGCAUCGUACUUGCAAUCUUCUCCGUAAAGUUCAGUUCAUAUAUGAUCUGCCUGAUAGACUCAACAAGUGCAUCAAAUCGGAAGCUUAUGCAGAUGCAGUUAGGUUUUACACUGGAGCAAUGCCAAUUUUAAUGGCAUAUGGAGAUUCAUCUUUCCGGGAUUGCAAGCUAGCCUCUGAGGAAGCAAUGGCUACAAUAGUAAAAAACUUGCAGGGGAAGCUAUUUUCAGAUUCUGAAUCAAUACAAAAGAGAGCUGAAGCUGCAGUGCUCCUUAAGCAGUUGGAAUAUCCGGUGGACAAUUUGAAGGCCAAGUUACUUGAGAAGUUAGAUCAAUCUCUAAAAGACAUUCAACUAAAGCCUGAAGAAAUAAAAGAUGUAUCAGUAGACCUUACACCUUCUGAUUCUGCUCAUGAGGCAAGCAUUAAUGAAUUUGUGGAAGCAGUUCGUGCUUUUCGAGUAAUAUUUCCUGAUUCAGAAGAGCAGUUGGUUACACUUGCUAAAGACUUGGUUACCAAGAAUUUUGCCAUUGCUGAGGAAUAUGUUCAGACACGUGUUUGUGCAGCAGAUCUACUUGGUUUUCUUCGAGUUAUUUGGAAUGACGUACUCUUGCUAGACGAAGUCUUACAAGAAGCGGCUCUCUCUAACCAUUCUCUUGAGGCUGCGAAGGCUGUGGUCAUGUCUUAUAUUAAAAGUGCAUUUUCACAUCUUUUGCAAGAUAUCUCAGAUUCAUUGUUGAAAGUCCUGAAAAAGGAUGAAACGGGGGAGUACUCUCUGGAGGUUGCUCUUGAUGCUAGUACAAAAGCUGUUCUCCAAGGAGGCAUGAAUAUCUUGCAGGAAUUUCGCAAAUUGCUAGAUCACAACUCUGGGAUCCUAGUCAGACUAAGAGAGUUAACCAUUGAUUUUGUUCAAGAAGGAAUUCAAGAUUUUUUUAGGCAACUUGAGGAUCACUUCCUUCGCUUUUCAGGAAGAAAUAAUUCUUCAGCUUUUAAAGAUCAUGGUCUUGUUGAGGGAGCUCAAGGUGAAAAAGCUUUUGCUGGUCUUGUCCUAGUGCUGGCACAAUUGUCUGCUUUUAUUGAACAGACUGUCAUCCCAAAAAUCACUGAGGAAAUAGCUACUUCCUUUACUGGUGGUAGUGUUAGAGGCUAUGAAUAUGGACCUGCCUUUGUUCCCGGAGAAAUCUGCCGGAAAUUUCGGUCAGCUGGCGAAAAAUUCCUGCACCUGUAUGUAAAUGUGAGAACUCAGAGGAUAUCAUUUCUCCUAAAGAAGAGGUUUUCCACUCCAAACUGGGUCAAGCAUAAGGAGCCAAGGGAAGUUCAUAUGUUUGUUGAUUUAUUUCUUCAAGAGCUUGAAGCUAUAGGUACUGAAGUGAAGCAGACCUUGCCUCAAGGUAAGCGUAAGCACAGAAGGACUGAUAGUAAUGGAAGUACUGCUUCAUCAAGGAGUAACCCCUUACGAGAGGAGAAAUUGAAUAGAUCAAACACUCAAAAGGCAAGGAGCCAGCUUUUGGAAACACAUCUAGCGAAACUAUUCAAGCAAAAAGUUGAAAUCUUCACAAAAGUAGAAUAUACACAGGAAUCUGUUGUUACAACCAUAGUUAAAUUGUCCCUUAAAAGUCUACAAGAAUUUGUCCGGCUCCAGACCUUUAACCGGAGUGGAUUCCAGCAAGUUCAAUUGGAUAUUCAAUUCCUGAGGAUCCCUUUAAGGGAAAUUGUUGAAGAUGAAGCUGCGAUUGACUUCUUGCUUGAUGAGGUGAUUGUUGCUACUGCAGAGCGGUGUCUUGAUCCAAUUCCAUUAGAGCCCCCCAUACUUGACAAACUUAUACAAGCGAAGUUGGCCAAAUCCAAGGAGCAAAAUGCAAUCCCUUCCUAAACAUUUAUUGGAAGCAAGAGCAGAGAAGGAUAUACUUGUGUUCUUAUUGUAAUAUCACUCAAAUAGUUCUUUAUGUGAUAUCUCUCCUCUACUAGUUACUGUUUUGGCAGUUGUUUAUCAGCCGUAUUCAUCAUGGGUUCACUUGGUAAAUCACUUGUAACAUGGUGGAGGUAUUCGAGCAGGUAGUUUUACACACGGAGAUAUUUCUUUAUUGAGGGGAAAAAGAAAAAUCUUACUUCA